UCCAGCAGCCAGUGAGCGGAAGAUUUGUAAUCUGUCACAGAGCUGCGGAGCCGCUGGCUUCCUCAAAGGAGCCACCGACAAAGAGAGAGUCAGCGAGGCGACACGCAAGGGAAGGUCCCGGGCUGACUUUCCUCGCCUCUCCACGAUGCUCGCCCGGCGUCAGCGCCGCCUUUUUUAACGCAAAUCCUGUCUGAACUUACCUUAUCCCAACCGGGAGGACAGUUAAAUUUUUACAGUCUCAGUUUUAGACGCAGAGACGGCUCCUGAAGGACGAAUGACUCCACCGGCUCCCCUCCUGAUUUCAUUCUGCUAAAAGCUCUUGAGCGGGAGGCGACAACAGUUUCUUCAUGGCGUCCCCGCAACAGUCAAGAAUUCAGUCUUAUCUGGAGAGGAAUAAAAUCGGACCCUUGUUUGAGGAGUUGAUGACCAAGCUGAUAACUGAGACUCCAGACCAUCCAAUCCCAUUUCUUAUUGAUCACCUGCAGACCAAGCAAGACAGCCCAGGAAAACUGCACAGAGCUUUCUCUGGAUCAGCAGCUCUGUGGGCACAGAGUUCCCCUGAAAACAAAAACACUCGAAGAGAAUACAGCAACUUCGAGAAGCCAUGGCAAAUUACUCCAAAGAAACCAAAAAAGUCAAAGAGUGACCUGGCUGUUUCAAGCAUCUCUCCACCUUCACCAGAAUCCAAAUCUUUGCCGCGAUCAGUGGAGUGCCCGUCCUGGGACUGGAGGGAGAGCCGGGACUUUGAUGAGCUCAGCCACAUCUUGCAGGAGAGCAAAAAGCUUGGCAAAGCCCUGGAGAGCCUGUCACGAAGCAUUGCAAUCUCUGAUGAGCUUGACCAGCAUUUUCUGGGGUAUAACGCAGUUCUGCGUCCCCGGGUGGUGGGCGAGUGGGUCGGCCGCGAGGACAACGACGCAGACCCGCUGGCCGCUGAGAUGCUGCAUCCUCCCGUCCCCCGAGCUAAAACCGAAGUGUGCUGGAGCGGAGAGAACAGCCCUGUUCGAAGCUUGAAGAUGGAAAUAAAAAGCAAAGGGCUAAGGGAGCAGCAGCAACAUCACAAGAAGCUCUUGGCAGCCAUGUUGUCCCAGGACUCAUUUGAUUCGGUAAACAGUCCCGCUUCCUCUGUCGUAGAAGAAGAGAUUGAGGACGAAGAUGAUGCCAUGGAACUUCUGGAGGACCUGGAUGACCUGCGGAUGGAGGGUGUAAUGGGGCUGGCCUCGUCCGGGAGUAAGUUCAGCCAGGGACGCAGCUCCUAUCAGUCUGAACCACAGGCUAAAGUUACCCUCAACAUCUGUUCUAGAUGUGCAAGGCUGCAGGGAGACACACUAUCAGACAGCCGAUCUGAAGAGGAUCACAGGCCUCGCUUAUCUGAGCAAGCUGUGCCUGACAUCUCUUCAGCGCCAAUGCCCGGGGUGGACACUGUGGCGGGUCGACUUCAGGAAUGUGAGGCCUUAUCUCAAGUAACAAGCUCUCGUCAGGCUGUCUGGGAGGCUGAUCUGAAGUCUGCAAGAGGUGGGAGUUCUGUUGGGCAGACGGGGCUGCUGCUUGGCGACUCCCUCUUUUCCAAAGAGCUGGAGAACAUGGGCAAACAGCUUGCUGAGGUUGAGAAAGACCUGGCCAAACUGGCAGAAGUAGGAAAGAUGACCAGUCGGAGCGCCAACAAUCCACAUGGAAGUCUACUCCACACCCCGCUACGGCACCGAACACUACCAGACACUCUUCCUCUCACCAGCCUCAUCUCCAGACCUCAGUCUCCAGCCGGUGGCCUCUCAGGCAAAUCCUGUGGUAUCGGCCUCCCCUUGCAGAGCCCCAAGCCCACCUCGCUGUCCAUGUCAAUGGGCAGGACCCCCAGCAACCCUGGUAGCAGAACUCAAACCCCCAGAACACCCAGCAGACCCCUGACCCCAAACAGCUUAUUGGCGCGCUCCUCCUUUAAUCCCGGCACUCAUAAAGAAGUAACAUUCCGGAGGUCAAGGAGCCGACCUGUGACGCCUACAAGUCAGCCGCCACUUCCUCGACCACUGCUCACCCCUCCGGGACUAAGUACCACAGACAGCCUUGGUGCCAGCCUUCGGGCGUAUCUGUCUGAGGAUGAGUUUUACCAGCAGCUUCAGGCCAUCAGACAGCCCUGGCAUAUUCCCAGUGACACAGACAGUGACAUCAUGGAGCCUCCUGAACAGGAUAAAAGUAGUUCACGGGAUGCCAACAAAAGAUCCGUGUUUUCAGGCCUAUAGUGAUGAAAACCAGAAGACUUGAUCCAAUCAAACAGUUAUGCAAAACACUGGAUAUUUUGAAUAACAGUUCAAAGAUAAUUAUUUUUGUAAAGCAUAUGAAUGAAUAUAACAAAAAAGAUUGUAUACUUUUUUCACCCUGUUUCAUAAACAUUGUACUGUAACUGAAUGAUCAACUAAGAAAAUCUUACUUGAAACUAAGGGAAAUGCUGUUUAUUUUUGUUUGCAUUGACGCAUGAUAUUGAACUUGUGUAUAGAGACCAGUAACAAGAAGCAUUUCGUCCCUAAUGGACUCCUUUUCUAGACCUAGUGCAGAUUUACACUUCAGGACAGCACACCCAUUUAAUGAAAGUGUUUAUCGACAUGGACUGUUAAAAGAAUUUGUGCUUUUCAGAUAGAAAAAAACAAGUUGUUGAAUGGAAUACAUGGAAUGCUGUUAAAUUAAUUAAACUGUUUUAGUGCACUUU